ACAUCUCAUGUUGUCUUUUUAAAACAAAAGCAAAACAGAGGACAAGCAUAUUGCAUGCAGGCUGUGCCUUUUUAAAAACAAAAUACAAGCAUAUCUAAUAAUUACUUUCUAGGAAGAUGAAACUUACUCUGAUGUGCUUGGCUUGACGAGACCGGACUAUGACAGGGUGAAAUUGUAUGUAAAAUUAUAGUUACAGCGAUUUCUGAAAAAACUAUUCAUUUACGUCAACGACAUAAUCCUCACUCUCGCAGCCUACUAGUCAAUCGAGGCCUUCGGAUCAGGACGAUAUUUUGCCGCCCCAACUUGACAACGAAGUUUAGCGUUCGUACAGCCGGUACAUUUUUUUUACACUCGCAACACUUUUCAGAGAGCAUUUGUUCCUAAGUACAGCUCAUGUUCUGGUCUGUCAUUAUAAAUUUUAAAAAAUGAGAAGCUUAGAUUCCUUUCUGUUUUUAGAAAAAAAAGAAUAAAAUACCUAAACUCAUUUUUGGUUGAUGUAAAAGUAAAUUAUUUUGUGUGGCAUAUGCUCUACCACCAGCAGCCCCUGUGUUAAUUGAACUUGACACUCCUGAUCUAAAACAACACCAGUUGAAAGCUGAUUGCCUGCGCUGCAAUAAACACAACCUGUUGUCACAUUGGUUGUGCCAUUGUAUCUUUCCGUAUACCAAAUGAAUAGGUCUAAGAAUGAAUUAAUAGGCUCGUUCAUGAAUAAUAGUAUAAAAGAUGAUGGUAAUACGGAACUUCUCUUUGUUGUAUUUUAGUCUGAUAAGCGUGUGAAGUGAGGACAGCACGGAUCCUGUCCACUCUCUGCUGAUGUUUGAAGCUUUUGAUGCCCCAUGCAAGUUGAAAUUUAGCAUCUGUUAAUAUAGACUGUGACUCAGUGGGAAUAGUAAUUCGUUGAGCUUGUUUACAAUACUGUGUCAUUGUGUUACUCAUAGAGUUAAAAAAACAACAACAACAGCGCAGAAACAUGAUUUGAUGUAAAUUUUGCUCUCCAAAACCUGUUAUUUCGACUAGGCUUUAAAAAGAAAAUAAACAAUUUCAAUAAAUCUAACGAUUAGUCGUGUGUCCUGAAACAUAAAAGUCCCAAAACGGCGAAUAAGCAUAUCAUGGCUCAAGAAAGGAAUAUAAUUCUCCAAAAGGCGCUGGAUAAAUUAUCAAAGAUGGCGACGGAAGUUUUCGACUGCGGCAAUCGUAUCGUCAUUUACCAAAAGCGAGAAGACGUGAUACAACUUCAACAGGAAAUACGCCAGCUUGAAAUUCGCCCUGAUGACGUCAUCUAUUGUGGGUUCCCCCGCUCCGGAAGCCAUUGGUUUUUCGAGGUGGCAAAUAUGGUGCUCCAUCGAAGUACGCGAUUCGAGCACGGUUUGUUUAUAGAGCGUCAUUUGGACACAGUGAGACUGGAUAUCAUACGUGACACUUUCCCAACUCUGCCCUCACCUCGCGUCCUGGCCUCACACCGUUGGUUUCAGUUCCUGCCCAAACAAGCCUUUGAGAAGAAACCUCGUCUUGUCUACGUGCUGCGGAACCCCAAAGAUGCCUGGGUCUCCUACUUCAAGUUCCUCAAAUCAUACAAGUCAGAGGACUGGUAUUUUUCCGGGAGCUGGGAGGAAUUCUUUGAACUACAGAGAUGA